AUGUCGUUUUCUUUAGCAGAGCUACAGAACGUGAUCUUCGACGCCCUCGCUGGUUGCCCUUCAGACGCGCCACAACAGGCGAAAGAUACAGCGGUGACGUUGGCAGGUGCGUCCAUCUUCGCUGGAUCAUGGCAACCGAUGGAGGCAACGCGGUUGCCGGUUCGCGACUACCUCCGCGGGACGGGCGAGUUCAAAACGGAGGACUCCUGUCGACGCGCUGUGGUGCGCGCCGUAGAUGCGGUGCUGAACGAGGUGCUCAACGACGAUGCUGUCAACGCAUUCAUUGGUGCCAAGGCAUGCGACUCGGUGGACGUCGUCGGAACAUGUGAGCAGCUCCUGCGCAAGUACCUUCUUUGGGUACUCGAUGGCUACUUAAACUACGACGGGACGUCUCAGUGCCCCUUCUACAAUGCCCUCCAGAGUACGGUCUGCGCAUUUGCGACAGAGUGGAGUCAUGCGUUUGGGCCAAUGUUUACGGAGGCUCAGGGUCCUCACGAGUUCUUCAGCCUGUUGGUCACGCGCGGCGCAUGGCACGGCGCCACCGCAGCGGCGAGGAACCCUGACGACCCCAAGGUGCAUACGAUCGCCGCUAUGGUCAUUCAGGUUUUCUUGAUGGCCAAGUCGUACUCACCGGCUAUGCCAUUUCCUUCACAUUUCUCGCUCUGA